UUGGCAUCUCUUGGAAGCUUCACUUUCCUCCUCAUUUACGUUAAAAAAAAGAAGCAUGCUUCAACCUGUCCUAUACAUAUAUAUAUGAGUUCAUAUAUAGUUGAAGAUACAACACUUUGCUUCAGCCUGAAGGAUAAUACCUCCUAUGGCUCCUUCAUCAUCAACCCUUUGUUUUCUGUUUUUGUUGGGGAUAUUCAGUUCUACUUUUACGUCGUCGUUCACCGAGAUCGGGGCUCGAGUCGAGGGUUCGGGUAGGAUUAGAAGGAGGACUCUGAUGGAUAAUGGGCUUGGUUUAACUCCACAAAUGGGGUGGAACAGUUGGAAUCAUUUCCAUUGCGAUAUUAAUGAGACAUUGAUCAAAGAAACUGCUGAUGCAAUGGUCUCAACUGGUCUAAGUGCCGUCGGCUACAUCUAUAUAAAUUUAGAUGAUUGUUGGGGAGAACUCAACAGAGAUUCUCAGGGAAAUUUGGUUCCUAAAGCUUCAUCAUUUCCCUCUGGCAUCAAGGCUCUUGCAGAUUAUGCUCAUAGCAAAGGGCUUAAGCUUGGGAUUUACUCAGAUGCAGGGACUCAAACUUGCAGCAAGACCAUGCCUGGGUCCCUAGGACAUGAAGAACAAGAUGCAAAAACCUUUGCCUUAUGGGGAGUGGAUUACUUGAAAUAUGACAACUGUGAAGAUACUGGUGGCUUAAGCCCAAAGGAAAGGUACCCAAAGAUGAGCGAAGCAUUACUUAACUCAGGGAGACCCAUGUUUUUCUCUUUAUGUGAAUGGGGACAAGAGGAUCCUGCAACAUGGGCACCAAGUAUAGGGAAUAGUUGGAGAACAACUGGAGACAUUGAAGAUAACUGGGACAGUAUGACGGGAAUAGCGGAUCAAAAUGACCAGUGGGCUUCGUAUGCUAAACCGGGAGCUUGGAAUGAUCCCGACAUGCUGGAAGUAGGCAACGGAGGCAUGACGACGGAAGAAUAUCGGUGCCAUUUCAGCAUAUGGGCAUUAGCUAAAGCUCCGUUGUUGAUUGGCUGUGAUGUGAGGUCUAUGGAUAAUGUGACAUUUGAAUUGGUAGCCAAUAAAGAGGUUAUUGAUGUCAAUCAAGAUAAACUUGGUGUUCAAGGUAAAAAGGUGAAGAAAGAAGGGGAUCUUGAGGUAUGGGCAGGCCCAUUGGCUAACAAUAUGGUAGCUGUGGUGUUAUGGAACAGAGGAUCUUCCUCAGCAAACAUCACAGCUUAUUGGUCCGAUAUAGGCCUUAAGCCAUCAACGGUUGUCGAUUGUCGAGACUUGUGGGCGCAUUCGACGGAGACGGGUGUUGAAGAUGAGAUAUCAGCGGAAGUGGAUUCUCAUGCAUGCAAAAUGUACACUUUGAAACCACAUACAAAUAGAGAUCGGAGUUGAACAAAUAGAUAUUUUGGUGAAAAGCGAGUUCAAUUAUAGCAGGCAUAAGCAGCAGGACAUGUUGAGAGACCAUGCAUGUUCUUAUGUAUUGUGUGAUAUUUUCAAUGGAAAAAGAAAUAAUUUUUUUUA